UCCCAUUGGUAGCUGCCGUGCUGGUACCCAGGAACGAGGAAGGAGACUCGCAUCCUUCAGCAAGCUAGUAACAGAUCGUAAAUGAUGCUGGGGGAUGGAUAUUGUGUGAUGGCGAAUACUUGGCCAGUAUCAGUGCAACGUCGGAAAAUAUAGCCUCAGGGAUUUGAGGGAUCGCGCUUGGAGUAUGAUUCACCGUCAGGUCAUACUGACCCAGAACUUGUACCAGAACCGGAUUCUCGGGCUGGCUGUCAUGGCCUCCCCGUCUCGCGUCUCCCAGAAUCGCCGGCGUUCCAAGGACCCGAUCCGGCACAGCUUCAAUCCGGAGCAGUUCCCCAACGUGGACUUCCAGAAUGGCGUUCCCGAGGACCUGGCCGGCCUGCCGCGCUCCACCAGCGACACGGACCUGGUGACCUCGCACAGCCGCUCCACCCUGGCCGUCAGCACUGCCCAGUACACUAUUGGCCAGUCACAGGACAUCACCCUCAGCUGGGACAUUAAAGAGGAGGUGGACGCUGGGGACUGGAUUGGGAUGUACCUCAUCGAUGAAGUUCUUUCGGAGAACUUUCUGGACUACAAGAACCGUGGUGUGAACGGCUCCCACAAAGGCCAAAUAGUGUGGAAGAUUGAGGCCAGCUCGUAUUUUGUGGAGCCGGAGACUAAGAUCUGCUUUAAGUAUUACCAUGGAGUGAGCGGUGCCCUGAGAGCCACCACCCCCAGUGUGACAGUGAAAAACCCUUCUGCACCGGUGUUCAAGCCUCCAUCUGCAGAGGAUGUUCCACAGAACCAGGGCAGCAGAAGACUUAUCAGCUUCUCACUCUCAGACUUCCAGGCCACGGGGCUUAAGAAGGGCAUGUUCUUCAACCCGGACCCUUACCUGAAGAUCGCCAUCCACCCGGGCAAGCACAGCAUCUUCCCCGCACUGCCUCACCACGGCCAGGAGAAGCGCUCCGGCAUCGUCUGCAACACGGUCAACCCCGUCUGGCAGAGAGAGCGGUUUAAUUUUGUUUCUCUGCCCACGGAUGUCCUGGAGAUCGAGGUGAAGGACAAAUUUGCCAAAAGUCGCCCCAUCAUCAAGCGCUUCCUGGGCAAGCUGUCGAUGCCUGUACAGAGAUUGCUGGAAAAGCAUGCUAUCGGAGAUCGGGUUGUCAGUUACUCCCUGGGCCGAAGGUUACCCACAGAGUAUGUCAGCGGUCAACUGCAAUUCAGAUUUGAGAUCACCUCCUCUAUUCAUCCAGAUGAUGAGGACAUGUCUCUGAGCACGGAGCCGGAAUGUGCCACCGUGCUGGAGGAGCCGGAGAGGGAGGAGCUGGAUGGCCCCGGGGAGGAGGGUGGACAGACGGGCGCACGGCGCCGCGCCACCCAGGCCGAGGACACCAUGAGCCUGGACCAGGCGACUCCAGAGCUGCCGCUGGACGGGGAGCCCACAGGGGCCCCGGACAUCCCCAUGGACACAGAGUCAGUGUCCACAUCUGCGUGUGCGCCAAGCGGGUCUGCAGGGUCCCAGGAGGAGCUACAGAGCCAGCGAGGGGAGAGGGAGGAGGCUCAGGGAGGAGCGCUGGAGGUGCAGCAGGAGACGCAGGAGGAGGAGGAGGAGGACGAGAGGAGGAGACACCCCAGGGGAGAGGAUGAAACGCAGCACCACGCCGAGGCCAUGGGCCGGCCCUCGGGGCAGCAGGAGUGUGGAGUCGAGCCGGUGCCUGCUGAGCCCAUGGAGGUCGGAGGAGGAGCAGAGUGGGACAGUCGUAAUGGGGCGGUGCUGCCCACAGCGAUGACGCCAGUGGCCGAGGAGUGGGAGGAGGAGGAUACGGGCGGCAGAGCCGGGGCCGCCGCAGAGCCAGGGACAGGGCAGCAGCAGGAGGAGCAUGGCGAGUUGGAGGAGGGCUGCUCGCUGUUGCGCGUGCGCACCACCCCGCGGAGGAAGGCGCGGCCCUGCUCGCUGCCCGUGUCCGAGCUGGAGACGGUCAUCGCCUCGGCGUGCGGCGAGCCCGAGACGCCGCGCACGCACUACAUCCGCAUCCACCGCCUGCUCCACAGCCUGCCCUCUGCCCACGAGGCGGGGGAUGAUGGCGACGAGUCGACCUGUGGUCAGCAAAAGCCGUCGGUCAGCCAGGAGGAGGAGGAGGAAGAAGAAGAUGAGGAUGAGGAAGAUGAAGACGUAGUGCUGGAGCCCCAUGCCCCACUCUCGCCCAACGGCACGCCAUGCCCACGCCGGGCACUGCCCCGCAGCCGGUCCGUGGAGCGCCUGUCCGACCUCAUCUACCAGCUGGACGGAGACGGACGGCCACUGGACGCUCAGGGCAGCAGUGGCGGGGCCGCAGGAGGAGGAAGAGGAGGAGGGGAGAGUGAGGAAGAGCUGAGCCCCGUGCCCUGUUGCAGCCGCACUGCGCUGACCGGCACCCACGGGAGAGCCCUGUCGCUGGACAGUGCCCGCCACACCCACGGCGGCGUCUUCUCCUCUCAGGAGGACGACGAGGAGGAAGACGAGGAGGAGAUGGACGGCAGGGACGGGGCACAGCAGGUCAACGGUGUCCUGGGCUCCUCCGAGCCGGACCAUGGGGCAGGGUCCCAGCGCAGAGAGCCAGGGGACGGACGGCCGCAGUGGGAGGAGGCUCCGGCCACGCACGUGCAGAGCCCCCAGAGCAGCGUGGGAAAUGGACCGUCACCGGUGGCAGGGUCCAGCGGCAGGACCGGACGUGACUGUCCUCUGCCCUGUAGUCAUCCACCAGUCAGUCAGCUCCCGGCUCUGCGGCCUGACCCCCACCAUUACCCGACCAUCGACGAGCCUCUUCCUCCCAACUGGGAGGCCCGUAUUGACAGCCAUGGCCGGGUCUUCUAUGUGGACCACAUCAACCGCACCACCACCUGGCAGAGGCCCACCACUGCCGCCACUCCAGACGGCCUGCGCCGGUCCGGCUCCGUCCAGCAGAUGGAGCAGCUCAACAGGAGGUAUCAAACGAUACAGAGAACCAUGGCAACGGAGAGGAGAGAGGAAGAGGAAAGCAGCUCCAGAGGGGAGAGAGCGGGCAACAGUGAGACCGCAGACUCGCCACCACCCGCCAAUGAGUUGAGAAGGGAUACGCCCUGUUCUCCAGGCCACUGUCAGAAGAUCACGCAGCUGCUUCAGAGCCCAGCGGUCAAGUUCAUCACCCACCCCGAGUUCUUCACUGUCCUCCAUGCCAACUAUGGUGCUUACCGGAUGUUCACCAACAGCUCCUGCCUCAAACACAUGAUCCUGAAGAUUCGGCGAGACGCGCGCAACUUCGAGCGCUACCAGCACAACCGCGACCUGGUCACCUUCCUCAACAGGUUCGCCGACGCCCAGCUGGAGCUGCCUCGAGGGUGGGAGAUCAAGACCGACCCACAGGGAAAGUCAUUCUUUGUGGACCACAACAGUCGUGCCACCACGUUCAUAGAUCCUCGGAUCCCACUGCAGAAUGGCCGGCUACCCAACCAUCUCACACACCGCCAGCAUCUGCAAAGACUACGUAGCUACAGUGCAGGAGAGGCGUCUGAUGUGUCCCGCAGUCGAGGUGCGUCUCUGCUCACGCGGCCGGGGAACAGCCUCGUGGCCGCCAUACGCAGCCAAGGCCAGCAGGAGCCUGUGCCAUUAGCCUACAAUGAUAAGAUUGUGGCGUUUCUACGGCAACCCAACAUCUUUGAGGUGCUGCAGGAGCGGCAGCCGAGUUUUGCCCGGAAUCACUCGCUCAAAGAGAAAGUCCACCACAUCCGCACAGAGGGGACCCAGAGACUGGAGAAGCUCUCGUGUGAUGCUGAUCUGGUCAUGCUGCUGAGUCUGUUUGAGGAGGAGAUCAUGUCCCACGUCCCCUUGACCACGUUUCACCCAGGGUUCAGCUUCUCCCCCCGCUGCUCCCCAGGGUCCUCACCCCAGAACUCCCCAGGGACACAAAGGGCCCGAGCACCAGCCCCUUACCGCAGAGACUUUGAGGCCAAACUGCGCAACUUUUACAGGAAACUGGAAGCCAAAGGAUAUGGCCAGGGCCCUGGAAAGAUCAAGCUGAUAGUGAGGCGAGAUCACCUGCUGGAGGGCACCUUUAACCAGGUGAUGGCCUACUCACGCAAGGAGCUGCAGAGGAACAAGCUCUACAUCACGUUUGUGGGAGAGGAAGGCUUGGACUACAGUGGCCCGUCACGAGAGUUCUUCUUCCUGCUCUCCCAGGAGCUCUUCAACCCGUACUACGGCCUGUUUGAGUACUCCGCCAACGACACCUACACCGUCCAGAUCAGCCCCAUGUCUGCCUUCGUGGAGAACCAUCUGGAAUGGUUCCGUUUUAGUGGGCGUAUCCUUGGUCUGGCCCUAAUCCACCAAUACCUGCUGGAUGCCUUCUUCACACGACCAUUCUACAAAGCCCUCCUCAGACUAGCAACUGAUCUCAGUGACCUGGAGUACCUAGAUGAGGAGUUCCACCAGAGUUUGCAGUGGAUGAAGGACAACGACAUCACCGACGUCCUGGACCUCACCUUCACAGUCAACGAGGAGGUCUUCGGUCAGGUAACAGAGCGGGAGCUGAAAUCGGGUGGAGCAAACAUCCAGGUGACGGAGAAGAACAAGAAGGAGUAUAUUGACCGCAUGGUGAAGUGGAGGGUGGAGCGAGGGGUUGUUCAGCAGACACAGGCCAUGGUCAGAGGCUUCUACGAGGUGGUGGACUCUCGGCUGGUGUCCGUGUUUGAUGCCAGGGAACUGGAGCUGGUCAUCGCAGGCACAGCAGAAAUCGACCUGAACGACUGGAGGAACAACACCGAGUACAGAGGAGGCUACCAUGAUGGGCACAUAGUGAUCCGGUGGUUCUGGGGAGCCGUGGAGCGCUUUAAUAACGAGCAGCGCCUGCGUCUGCUGCAGUUUGUGACUGGCACGUCCAGCGUGCCCUACGAGGGCUUCACCGCACUGCGGGGCAGCAACGGCCUCCGCCGCUUCUGCAUCGAGAAGUGGGGCAAGAUCACCUCACUGCCCAGGGCUCACACAUGCUUUAACCGCCUGGAUCUUCCUCCGUACCCCUCCUACACGAUGCUGUAUGAGAAGCUGCUCAUCGCUGUGGAGGAGACCAGCACGUUUGGCCUGGAGUAACAGCUCCUCACCUCCGGCCCCAUCCAACUAGGGGACCCCAAAACUGCAAAACUGUUGUUUUUCACAAAUGUGUACUUUGCUGUGGACUGUCGUCUCUUUUUUUUAAAGGAAAAAAAAACUUUUUUUGUGACUUAAAAAACAAACAAAAACAAAACAAGAUAAAAUUGACAAGACAAAAAUGAAAUGCAUGUGUAACUCACCUGUUAAUACUGUAUGCACAUUCUUUAUUGGGUUUGCACAAUCCAAGCUGGUAUGCAAAGGUAAACAUGUGGCUUCAGCCUUCUCCUUCUCUCAGGGCCUCAAUACUGCGACUGACCGCACCCCAGCCAACCACCCAACCCACUGCAACCACAGCCAGAGUGGGCUGAAGCCUCCAGUUGUGUUCCCCCUUCGCCUCACCAUAUCAGGACUUCUGUUGCAUCAUCUCCUUCUCAUGAGAGACACGUUGCCACUUUCGUUGAAGUUGACACAGGAAGAACGGAUUUAUGAGACAGGACAGGAGGAACGCUCCAACAUUAAUUCAACGUCACUGGAUGUGUUGUUGUUACUGUUUCACCAUCAUGCCAGACCAAUGGACAUGGGUAUUGAGACCAGUAUUUAUGUGUGACUUCACCAGAGCCUGUCCAUGUCUCAGUGAUCUGCAGCAGGUCAAACAGCAUCACCUCAGUUCAAAAUGGCCAUCACACCGCAUCACCUCAGCAUCACCUCAGCAUCACCUCAGUUCAAAAUGGCCAUCACACCCCAUCACCUCAGCAUCACCUCAGUUCAGAAUGGCCAUCACACCCCAUCACCUCAGCAUCACCUCAGUUCAGAAUGGCCAUCACACCCCAUCACCUCAGCAUCACCUCAGUUCAGAAUGGUCUCUGCAGGAUCCAGACAAAAAUAUGACUUGUUAGUUAAUUAGUCACCAUGUGGUAAAGAAAGGGUUUGUUAGUCACCAUGUGGUAAAGAAAGGGUUUGUUAGUCACCAUGUGGUAAAGAAAGGGUUUGUUAGUCACCAUGUGGUAAAGAAAGGGUUUGUUAGUCACCAUGUGGUAAAGAAAGGGUUUGUUAGUCACCAUGUGGUAAAGAAAGGGUUUGUUAGUCACCAUGUGGUAAAGAAAGGGUUUGUUAGUCACCAUGUGGCAAAGAAAGGGUUUUCACAUGUACUGUACUGUAUGUGUUUGUGCUCUCUGUUGGCUGUUAAUCAGAGGUUCAGAAUGGAGAGAUGGAAGAGUUAGGACAGAUUGCUGAUCUCUACAUAUGAUAUCUAAAAAGACAUUUAUAGGCGUCAUCUGGUUUCACAUAUAGCAAAACCAUACACAUGACAUUUAGUUACAUGGUGACAUUGCACUUCUAUAUGGAUGCUGCCCUUUAAAACAUUAAAACCCUUCGCUUUUGUGAGGAGGAGCCUUCUGAGAGGACAAUAAAAGGGCCACAGUCACUGAAAGUCUCCGGGUUACUCCAAAAUAAGGCUUUAUGCAGUACUUCUGUCAUAAAAAAAAAAAAAAUGUGUCAUUGUGGAAAGCAUUCCACACAAUCUGAAGGCAUUACUGAGUCCAAUGUUAAAGCAUAUUCAUCAUUACAGAUCAAAUGUAAGGGCAAAGACCACUGCUUUAUCUGUGUUGUUUUUAUUCUUGUUUUGAUGUUUACACAAUGUGUUUAUCAUUUUAAACAUACUCAUAUUUGUAAGGAUGAUAUGAAUGUUUGGUUGUGAGAAGAUUGUUGAACUCGGCUUUUAAAUGAUUGUGCAUAAACACAUGACGACACUGAAUAUUGCCUAGCGCAAAUCUAACUUGACUUUAUUACCUUUGUUCAAGCACAGAUAGAAGCUAGACUUCUCCUUUAAUGCUGUCAUUCUAUCUGUGGAUGAUAAAAGGUGCGCUUUUUUCUUUGGCUUUAGACCCCUGGAUGGUGUAGCCAUACAGCAUAUUUUUACUCGUUCAAAGUACAUAGGAAAUCACUCUUAACUACGCAGACAAUGUCAGUACCAAACUAGUCUUGUGUCCCCUUUAGAAGUACAACGGCUGUGUUUCGUACAUUUACAAUUUUGCAUUUUCCUAAUUUUAUUGUUGAGGUUAAAAUGAAAGACUGUUGGAGUGAACACAUUGUUGUCAGAGACGAAUCACCAAAGAUUAUCAUAAUCAUCAAACAAAGCAGACAUUGCUGGUUGCAAGCCUGCAUGUGGAGUAUUCCAAGUAGAGAGAAAAGCCAUACAACAUCCAAGAGGUCAGGCAGUUUUAGCGCCCACAAAAUGUGAUGAAUGCCAGAGUAAGAACAGAGCUAAAAGAAACAUUACACAACAGUAUACAUUGGUGAUUGAAUUUUGAAUGCGGUAGUCGACCACAAGCACUGGAAACAUUAUACUGUAUAUGAGGACUAUUUUAGGGGGAUUACUCCAUCUCAUUUGGCUCACACCAUCUGGCGGUCUGUCACAAGUUAUAUAACUGGCACCUGAAGCAUUUAUCCAUUUGCUGAGGAGAUCGGAGCUCAGCCAUUAGAGGGUUUGAUCAGUUAAGAGUUUAUGGACAUAGUUGGCUUGACCACUGUAAGAAUGUAAUAUAAACUGUGUUUAUAUCUUACAUCACAAAGUGAAAGAUGUAUGAAUUGGACCUCAAACAUACCUGUGUACAUAUUAAUACGUAAUGUGUGUAAUUAGACUAAAAAGGAUGAGACUGGAGAAAAUAUAUAGAUAAUUGUAUGGUCACAUCGUUUGAUGGACUGUUUCCAGUGUAAUUAUUUAUUGUAAAAAGUGUACCAUGCUAUGCAUAUUUUGUCAGAUUAAUGAGCAAUGCAAUUUCUCAUGGUAUCAGUUAUCGAGGCCUUUUCCUUUCUCCUUUAUGAAAUGUUUUAAUACUGAUUUUCUGUCACUAUAAGUGAAAGCUCUCAAUCUGCCACACACUUCAUUUUUAUCUCAUGUCUAUUUAGAAUUAGAAGCCACACAUGUCUAUACUGUCUCUGACUUACACUCUCAUGUUCUCUUUCUUCAUCCCUGCCUCACACACACUCUCUCUCUCACUCUCUCUCUCUCUCUCACACACACACACACACUCAGACACAGACAUGCACACAUGCCAUUGCUGCUUCAUUGUUUUACCCUGUCCCUUCUCCCCUGAAAAUAUGCUGAUUUUUUUAUCAUGGGUGCACUCAUAUUUACUCUCUCUCCAUCUCUCUCUCAGGCUCUGCUCUGUAUUUCAAGCCUAGCACUGUUACGAAUGUCAAUAAACAAUCACUUUGUAAUGGA